AUGCCGUCAGCCCCACAGCCCAGAGAAGAGCCCUACAGCGCAGCGCGGAGGGAGCGGCAGAAAAAAGCCAGGUUGCCCGAGAGCAGUGACGGCUCCAAGGACUCGGACAGCUCUGCGGGGCGCCGGGGCAGUGCCAGCCGGAAGCACGGACGAUGGCUGGACCGCCCGGGGGCGCUGGUGUCCAAGGUGGUGAGAGCCGUCACGGCGAGACACAAACCGGGAUGGAGGCUGCCGGCUGCGCCGGACUCCUCCAGCCGGAGGAACCUGACGGAGCUGCGCGGGGAGGCCCAGCUGGCCGUCUUCCAGCAGGGCGACACGGGCAGCGUGGAGGGGGCUCCCCAGCCCACCGAGAACAGCUUCACCCCCAAGUGCGAAAUCACGGGCAAAGACGCCCUCUCAGCGCUGGCCCGGGCCAGCAGCAAGCAGUGCCAACAGGAGAUCGCCAACGUGGUGUGUCUGCACCGGGCAGGCAGCCUCAUGCCCCAGUCUGUGCCUCGCCACUGCCAGCUCUCGGGUGAGUCCUGCUGGGGUGCUCCCGGUCACCCUUGGNNCGAGAGCCGGCUGCCGCAGGCGGCCCCGAGCAAGCCCGUGCGCAUCGCCUACAUGCUGGUUGUGCACGGCAGGGCCAUUCGCCAGCUGAAGCGGCUCAUCAAGGCCGUGUACCACCAGGAGCACUUCUUCUACAUCCACGUCGACAAGCGCUCCAACUACCUCCAUCACGAGGCGGUGGAGCUGGCCCGGCACUACCCCAACAUCCGCGUGACGCCCUGGCGCAUGGUGACCAUCUGGGGAGGUGCCAGCCUGCUGAAGAUGUACCUGCGUAGCAUGAAGGACCUGCUGGAACUGGCCGAGUGGCCCUGGGACUUUUUCAUCAACCUGAGCGCCACUGACUACCCCACGAGGACCAAUGAGGAGCUGGUGAUGUUCCUGUCCAAAUACCGAGAUAAGAACUUCCUGAAGUCUCAUGGCCGAGACAAUGCCAGGUUUAUCAAGAAGCAGGGCCUGGACCGCCUGUUCCACGAGUGUGACUCCCACAUGUGGCGGCUGGGCGAGCGCCACAUCCCCGAGGACGGUGGCUCCGACUGGUUCUCGCUGACGCGCAGCUUCGUGGAGUACGUGGUCUACGCCGACGACCAGCUGGUGUCCCAGCUGCGCCAGUUCUACACCUACACGCUCCUGCCAGCCGAGUCCUUCUUCCACACGGUCCUGGAGAACAGUCACGCCUGCGAGACGCUGGUCGACAACAACCUCCGAGUGACCAACUGGAACCGGAAGUUGGGCUGUAAGUGCCAAUAUAAACACAUAGUCGACUGGUGCGGGUGCUCCCCAAAUGACUUCAAACCCCAGGACUUCCUCCGGCUACAGCAACUCUCCAGACCCACCUUCUUCGCCCGCAAGUUUGAGUCGACGGUGAAUCAGGAGGUGCUGGAGAUCCUGGACACGCACCUCUACGGCAGCUACCCCCCCAACACGCCGGCCCUGAAGGCGUACUGGGAGAACGUCUACGACCGCGUCGACGGGCUCAGCGGCCUCAGCGACGUCACCCUCACCUUCUACACAGCCUUCUCCAGGCUGGGGCUCCGCAAAGCCGCGGCCGCGCCGGCAGUGAAGGCCGACAAGCUCUGCAGAUUUGAGCCCCAGGGCUUCCCAUCCAGUGUGCACUUACAUUUCUAUGACGACCGUUUCCAGGGUUACCUGGUGAUGCAGGAAGUGCAGAAUUCUGCAACUGGGCAGGCAGAGUCCCUGGAGGUGUGGAUGAUGCCCCAAGGAGCUCUGAAGUUGGCGGGCCACGGAGGGCAGGCGAACCGCUUACAAAACCUCGAGGUGGGCACGGAGUGGGACCCCAAGGAAAGGCUCUUCCGCAAUUUUGGAGGCUUGAUGGGGCCUUUCGACGAGCCGGUGGCCAUGCAGAAGUGGUCACGGGGCCCCAACCUGACAGCCACGGUGGUGUGGAUCGACCCCACCUACGUCAUUGCUGCCUCCUACGACAUCACGGUGGAUACCGAGGCAGAGUUCACCCAGUACAAGCCCCCCCUCAAUCGGCCCCUGCGCCCCGGUGUCUGGACCAUCCGCCUCCUCCAGUUCUGGGAGCCCCUGGGGGAGAACCAGUUCCUCGUGGUGCCCCAGACCUUCAACCACAAGCAGCCUCUCAGGAAAGCUGAUGACAAGGCAGGAGCCAUCAUUCCCACUGGUGUCCCCUUGCCCGUGUGGGUCCUCAAACCAGGCCCCCGGGCAGCUGUGGAGGACCCGUUUGUAGCGGUGUCCCCCUCCGUCUUCAUCGUGGCGGUCCUCAUCCUGCUGCUGCUCCUGUACCACCGGGACCCCAUGUGCUGCCAGUUCCUCUGCUCCUGCCGCUUCUUCCAGACCCCCAGCCAGUAUGACUGCCCCCCGCCCUACUUCAGCAGCAGCCAGCGGCUGGUGGGUCCCCAGUGCGGAGCGUCACGGCUGGAGAGCGCUGCCGAGAACCCCGGCGUGCAGGGAGACGAGCUGUUCUGCGUCGGACCUCCCGGCAGCUACCAGCUCCCUUCCUGGGAGCAGCCCCGCUUGCCAAGCUACGAGAGCGUGCGGAAGAAAGAUCGCCAGCGGGAAAUCCAUCAGAUGAUUGCCGAGAGGUUUGGGCUGUGGGCAGAGCCCUCCCAGGAGAUGCCGCCUCCCUACGAGCAUGCUCUGAGGCAUCCUCCAGCUUUCUCAGGAACAGUAAUAAGCUCGGAGACCUUGGACAGACGUGGUGUGCCAGACCCUUUCCAGGCCCCUCUCAGCUGCCAAACUCAGCGAAACACGGACGUGUAAGGCCUCGGCCUCCACGUACUGCUUCUUCCUGUGGCGUCAGCGACGGAAGCGCCUGCGGCAUCGUUCUCGUCUGCAGGGAACAGCCGAACCUCAGACCUCCGCCCAGAUUCGCAAUCAGCCGAGACACAGGCAAGUCAGACCCAGCCAGCGGAGACAUCCCUCCCGCAGCACCAGGACAACCACGGAGCCACCGCCAGGUAUCGCACUCUUGAGCAGAGCAGCCAGGGAUGCCCGCUCGCUCUUCUUUGGCAAACGUACCGUUACCAAAGGUGACGGACCAGCUGCUUGCUUCUACACGAGGGGCAAAGCCAAGGUGAAGGUCUGCUCAGGCAGAGCUCCUCCAGGCAGCUGGUGUUAUACCUCUGUGAGGCAAGCACUGCCCGGCGUGCCAAGGAUCAGACCUCGGACAGUGGUCACGUUCUGCUACUUCACUUACUUCUUAGGUUGUAAAAUGUUUUACUUUAUUGGUGUAUUUGGUACCAGGUGGGAAUCCUCACCUGUGAGCGGCAGAAUGAGCCUGCAUCACAGCAUCGCUGUGUGCUCUCACAGUAACGGUCACCUGUGACUGAGAGCAAUUUUGUAUGGACUUCAGAUAGAUUCAGAGAGGCUACAGGGGUUGCGUCGCCCACUGUAUGCAAAUACCGACCACCGAGAUGAACCGUGUGACUGGAUAUGCAAGCUGGGAAAGGACAGAAGCGUGGACAAAAUAAUAGCUGGUGGUCUCCACAAAGAACGUAAAGCAAAGGUGGACAUGUGGGGCUGAGCCAGUCUACCUAGUCGUCUUCUGCAGAGCAGACAAUCUAAUAAUGUCAACGCUGGUGUCCUUCCACCACCAAUUUUGAUAACCUGUUUUCUACUGCAGAGCCAAUGUCUCAAAUUGUUUACAAACCUGUAGAUAAAAUGAGAUCAGUUUGGCCA